AUGGAGAGAGCCAAGGUAAGAGUCAGUAGUUUAGGUAUACAGGAGUUUAAUCAGGCCAAACUGCAGCUGGAGAGAGCCAUGUUAAAACCCGUAGCAUUUGCAGUGAAGACCAACGUGAGUUACUGUGGGGCUCUAGAUGCGGACUGUCCUGUCCAAGGUGCUGCUAUCAACUUUGAAACCAAAGACUUUCUACACAUAAAAGAGAAAUACAGCAAUGACUGGUGGAUUGGUCGGCUGGUGAAGGAAGGGGCAGACAUAACUUUCAUCCCCAGCCCGGUGAAACUGGAGGCCAUGCGGAUCAAACAGGAACAGAAACAGGCCCAGAGGAAAGCGGCGAACUCAUCGUCGGGCUGGAGAUCCACACCACCUAGUGCAGCCAAACAGAAGCAAAAGCAGACAGAGCAUCUCCCACCGUAUGAUGUUGUUCCUUCCAUGAGGCCGGUGGUGUUGGUGGGGCCCUCUCUGAAAGGCUAUGAGGUAACAGACAUGAUGCAGAAGGCCCUGUUUGACUUCCUGAAACACAGGUUUGAUGGAAGAAUCUCUAUCACGCGGGUGACUGCUGAUCUGUCAUUGGCCAAAAGGUCUGUAUUGAACAAGAAAGCUAUCAUGGAGAGGUCCAACACACGCUCCAGUCUUGCUGAGGUCCAGAGUGAGAUUGAGAGGAUUUUUGAGCUGGCUAAGACUCUACAGCUCGUAGUUCUGGACGCAGACACGAUCAACCACCCAGCACAGCUCCUCAAAACAUCCCUGGCUCCUAUCAUCAUUUACGUUAAGGUGUCCUCUCCAAAGGUUCUUCAGAGACUCAUUAAAUCUCGGGGGAAAUCUCAAAGUAAACACCUCAAUGUACAGAUGAUGGCAGGGGACAAACUAGCACAGUGUCCACCCGAGAUGUUUGAUGUGAUCCUGGAUGAGAACCAGCUGGAGGAUGCAUGUGAACACCUGGCAGAGUACCUGGACAUCUACUGGCGCGCCACUCACCUGCCCUGCUCCGCCCCCCUCAACCCCCUAUUGGACCAGAGCGUGGUCACCCCGCCCUCCGCUAACUCCAGCCAACAGUUCUCCGAGACUCAAGAGUUAAUAGAAUGAUCACUCCCUAGCUACCACAGGUCUGGAUGUGGUAAAGAGAUCAAUCCAACUCGACCAAAAUUCCAUGUCAACGUCGUUCAGAAUCUCCUCAUUGCCCCUCCAUAAAAAUUAGCCUACAUUUAGGCUAUUGUUUAUAUGUGUAUUUGACAAUAUUUUGGAGUGAAAAUCAGAUUAAAAUGCUUGUAUGGAUGUCAACCCCAAUACAGGUUCAUGUCAUCAUCACCAAUCAACUGAUUUACACUUAAAAACGGCUUCAAGUACCACCACCGAUUUCUAUAUGCUAGCUACGCUACCAGCUUAUACGAACAGAAGUUAGGAAUUAACAUACUUUUAUAAAAUCACGAAAAGGACUAUUUCUAAAUAUUAUGCAGCGAAAACCGUAGCGACCACAUUGUGGGCCUGUUAGAACACAAAGAUCUUGACAGAUUUGAAGAAUAUCCACUUUGUAUAAUCAGAUUUUUGGAAUGUGGCAUCCUCGUUGUUUUCCCCACGGUSUGCGUUCCAUUGAUCUCUUAACAGCAUAUAUUGCUCGCUUUCUCUUGCUUGAUAGCUUGUUUUUUUCCCCUGAUCUGUUUUGUAUUGUGUUUCCGUAGCUAACUGUUUUUUUGUAGGCGUUAUAUAGUGACACAGAGGAAUCAAACAUGUAUGAAUCAGAGCACAUCAAAGCACAUUAUCAAAGCACAAACUUGCACAUUGUCAUCUACAACUCUUAUGUAUAUUUAUCAUGUAUCAACAGAAUGGAUCUACAGAAGAUCAGAGUAGUUUUGCCAUUGAAUCCACCAAACAGAUCGCAGACAGGGACCGAGAAAGGAGGAGUCAGACCAGACACUUUUGCUUGUCUGCGUGAAAUGUAUAUAUA